CAGUGGUUUGGGUGUUUAACCCUUGGGCUUGUGUUCAUUUUUAGCUCCUGUGAAGUGGUGCCAAGGCUGGUGUGCUGAUGCCUGGCUGUGCCCAUCCACCACCCAAAGAUGAAUGCCAGUGGGAUGCCAGUUUUCCUGCUCCUCCUCUGGACAGCAAACACACCUCAGGGUGCAGGAGUUCAGGUUUUGCCACCUGUUAACUUCACCCUCACAGUCUCUGCAUUAGCACAAGUGCUGUUACACUGGGAGCCAAACCCUGCUCAGGAGCAAAACAACUCCACCAUUAGAUACGAUGUGAAAAUCCUGAGCCCUGUGCCCGAAGAGUAUGACACGGAGAGGACCCGGAGCGUGCGAACGGCGGCGCUGCACAACGGCUUCUGCGCCCGCGUGCGCACCCUGCUCCUCCAGGAGCACCUCCAGAUGAGCAGCCCCUGGCUGGAGAGAAACCUCCCACCUCUGCCAGGUGCUCCAGAGACCUCUGUCACCAACUUGUCCUGCGUCACUCAUGUCACCAUCUCUGGCAAUGUCUCUCUCCGCUGCACUUGGCUCCCUGGCCAAGGGGCUCCAGAAGACACCAAAUAUUUCCUGUUUUACAGGUAUGAGACACACACAGAGGAAUGUCCCACUUACACCAAAGACAAGUGGGGCAGGAAUACUGAGUGCAGAUUUUCAAGUACUCAGAUUAAACCCGGUGAGAUUGACAGCCUCAUUGUGAUUCACAUUAAUGGCUCCAGCAAACGUGCUGCAAUCAAGCCUUUUCAGCAGUUAUUUAACCAAAAUGCCAUCGAGAAAGUGAAUAUUCCCAGAAAUAUCAGUAUAUCCCUGGAGCAAAAUGAUCUCCUGGCCAUGUGGGAGAAGCCAAUUUCUCCUUUCCAUGAGGAAUGUUUUGAAUAUGAAUUUUAUCUCAUCAACCUGAAGUCAGGUAACAAGCAGAUCCUGAAGAUCUCCUCCAACAGUUUCCAGCUGCGGAUCGAUGGCAGCAGCAGAUAUUCCAUCAGGAUCAGGGCCAACCACAACCACAUCUGCCGUGCCAGAGGCUUCUGGAGCGACUGGAGUGAAAUCAUUUAUGUUGGGCAAAAUAAACUGGACAAUUCCAUAGCCUGGAUUGUCACUCUGCUCUGUGUGUCCACGUCCUGCACAUUGCUGCUUGUUGCUAUAAUAUGCCAAAUAAACCACGUUUGGAGUAAACUGUUCCCACCGAUCCCAGCACCCAGCAACAAAUUCCGAGACCCUUUCCCAAUUGACUAUGAGAGAGCACGGACCUGCCCCAGCUCCACGGAGACCGAGGUGUGCAGCCUGGCUGAAGUUCUCUCCUGCAGCGUCCUCGAUGACUCCGUGUUCUGAGAGGCUCCACAACGUCACCCACCAACGCUGACGAGGCU